AUGAAUCCAACCUCCACCGUGAUGCACAGAAUCGAUGGCCACCGAUCAAUUUCUGUCGCUGACAUUUCAGAAGAAAUAAUUGGAGAAAAGCAAAGAUCUGUGGCCAAAGCGCACAAGGUGUGUUUAGUAUCUAUCUAUCUAUCUAUCUAUCUAUCUAUCUAUCUAUCUAUCUAUCUAUCUAUCUAUCUAUCUAUCUGUUUCUUGUUUCAUUUAUUUUUCCUUCGCCUCGUUUUCCCUCAAUCUUCCUACUCCCAUCUCUCUCCUCUCUCUCUCUCUCUCUCUCUCUCUCUCUCUCUCUCUCUCUCUCCCUCCCUCCCUAAGCAUCUAUCUAUCUAUCUAUCUAUCUAUCUAUCUAUCUAUCUAUCUAUCUCUUCUUUUCAUAUUACUAUAUCCCAUUCUGAUCUAUCUAUCUAUCUAUCUAUCUAUCUAUCUAUCUAUCUCAUUUCGUUCUUCGUCGCCAAUAUGUUUUAUGUAUUCGUUGCAAUUCUCUUUUGUUCUCGGUCUCUGUCAGAGAUAUUUCUUUUAACUUACGUCUGUACUUCUUCCAUUCGAUGUAGCUCUGACUUUAGACAUAUUCCUCUUUCUUUUUUCUUCUUCCCUUCAGUCAACUUAGGUAAUCUAAUUUUCGCUUCUUCUUCUUCUUCUUCUUCUUCUUCUUCUCCUUCUUCUUCUUCUUCUUCUUCUUUCAUUGCACGUUUCUUUUUCUUAUUGACGUAUUCGUUAAUGUUUUCUUUUCGUCAGAUUCUUUUUAGUUUUUUUCAUUCUUUCUUUUUUCUUCUUCUUCUCUUCUUCUUUUAUCAUUAA